AUUAACUAUGGCUCUGCUCAUAUUAUACUAUGAAUCCCUUUUUUACUGUUUUGGCUGUUUUUUUCUUUAAUUUUGCUAUUAUUUGGGGAUUUCAGAUACCAUUACAUCUGACCUCCGACGGGAAUAACAUUGUCUUUGUAAUGAAACUUGCCACUGGCCAUGAAGAGGACAAUGUCGUCAAAGGCAAUAAUACUGACAGCAGGGACCUAGCUGCAGUUUUUCAGGACACAACCCAAAUUAUUCAUCACGCUCUACGCAGCGAACAAUGUUUGUCAAUAAAUGGUUCCUCCCCUGGUCUUAGCGAAGCAGAUAAAAUGUUGACUUGCUUGAAAACCGUCAAACUAGAAGGCAAAACAGGACCUGUUUGCUUUGACGAUUAUGGGGUGAGAAGAAAAACUCAGUUAGAAAUUUUAAAUCUUCAAAAUGAUUCAUUGAUAAGGAUAGGGACAUGGAAUUCAUCACACGGUGCCGUGGUUUUUGGGAAUGUACUACGUAAUAAUGGAAGCCCUUUACCCGGAGGGAGACUGGAAGGGAGAAAGCUUAGAAUCGUUGUCGUAGAGAAUGCACCGUUUAUAGUGAAAAAUGAGGACGGCGACUUUCCAUAUUAUGAGGGGUACUGCAUCGACCUUCUCGAUGAACUGGCCAAAAGACUCAAGUUUACCUAUGAGAUGUACUCCUCCCCUGACGGGAUGUACGGUGCCGAGUUGGAGAAUGGAACAUGGAACGGUAUGGUUGGCGAGUUAGUUGGCAAGCGUGCUGACAUCGCUGUUGCGUCUCUUACGGUUACUGAAAGUCGAGAGAAAGUUGUGGACUUCAGCGUUCCUUUCAUGUAUUACUCAAGAGAAAUACUGAUCAAGAAAUCACCUCCCGGUGGAAAAAUUGACAUGCUUCAGUUCAUGAAUCCUUUUGACAUUCAAGUCUGGUUUGCUACUCUUGCCAGUCUGGUCGUCAUCUCUGUUGCUGUGUUUGUGAUUAAUUACUUCAGUCCUUAUGGGUACAAAGAUAAAAAUGGCCGAGGAACAUCAGAGGAGUUUAAUUUCUUUAACAGUGUGUGGUUUGCUUUGGCCUGCAUGCUGCAGCAAGGAGCAGACAACACGCCGAAAAGCUCAUCAGGUCGGAUUCUGAGUGGGUGCUACUGGUUCUGCAUACUUAUUAUGAUCUCAACAUACACUGCCAACCUUGCUGCUUUUCUUGCUGUGAAAGAUAAUGAUAAUCCGAUUAAUAAUCUAGAGGACAUCGUAAGCUCCAGUUAUCAAGUAGCCGUGAUUGAGUCAGGAAGUACUUAUGAGGCAUUCAGGACAAGUCAGUAUGGAACACAUAAAAAGAUUUGGAAACGAAUGGUAGCAGCGGGUAGUUUUGUCCAGAGUACAGCUGAAGGAAUUCAAAUGGUGCGAGAGAGAGACCAGUUUGUGUUUAUUUCUGAUGGGCCUGUUCUUAAACACGCCGCACAACAGCCGCCUUGUGACGUCACUACAGUUCCAGGCCUGAGCACUGCCCUGGGACUUGCGUUUGCGUUUCAAGCAAAUAGUACAGAUGUUGAUGACGUCACACUUGCUAUUCUUCACCUUCACGAAAACGAAUUCCUUGACAAUUUAAAAAGACAAUGGUGGGAAUACAAAAAUGGAUGUCUUAAAAAGCAGGAUACGACUUUCACUCGAAAGCGGAUUGAUCUCAGAAGCAUGCUGGGAGUGUAUGUUGUCAUGGGUGUCGGAGUAGCUUUAGCAUUAACGGCGCUGAGUGCGGAGAUCUUUUGGAGGAGAAUGAGGGAAUGCAAGAUAAAAACCCAGAGGCCAAAAGAUCGUUCCAUAGAAGUCUACCAAAACACAUAUGUUGAUUUCCUGAAAACAGCCUAAGCCGACCAAUCAAAGCCCGUACCUGACUUCACUUUUAAGGAUAGUUGGCUGAAUAAGCAAACCAGGAAACUCUCUCUCAUUCAAUACUGGAUAAAUGAACUAUUUCAAGGCAAGGAUCGAGACAAGGAUGUGAUGUCAUCAAAGCAUUCAACCAAGUGUGCCUCACUACCCGACCUCCCUGGGCACCAAGGUGUUUUUUUUUUUUUUUUUUUUUUUCUUUUCCAGUUUCGUCUUGUUUUUCGCGCAAAUUGUUUUCCACGUUAUAUUGAUUUUUGUUGCUGUCCCAGAAUUACAGUCAGUGCUAAUGAAAAAAAAAAGAGAAUUCUGCAGAGAUGUGUGGAAGGGGAUCUGAAUUACGAGUUCUGGGGCUAUUUUUGGGAAUUCAAGAUCUAAAUCACUUCACGAAGUUUGUCAUGGAAUGACUUGUCACCCGGCCACUGUAAAACGCACGGACAGUCUACGGUUAUCAUUUCUCAGUAUACGUUUGAAUUCUUGGGCUUAACUUUCGUCAAAUUGUGGAUCAUUGUCCAAAAAACCUACGUAAGAAUAUGUUAGCAGAUUCAGAGGACAUACUUUUUUACUAUAUGUGCGUCACCAUUCUUUCAAGUUGAAUUGGGCUAAUUUUUGUGCGAACUUUUGACACUGUCAUGAAAAGUUGUAAAGAUGAAA